AGAAAGCGGCGGGGGAGGGAGAACACAGAGUUCCUUUAGGGACUAGGAGGCGCGGGGCAGAGAAGGACCGCAAAGGAGUGACCCUACGGGCCCGGAUUAUUGGCGAGCAGCCCCGCUUGCGAUCCCUCCGGUGCUGAGACUGGGACGAGGUUCAUUAGAAUCCUAGCCGGCCCGCCCAGAAGCCCUAAGCCUGCCCUCUGACCCUGGGGCCCAGCCCAGAGGCUCCAGGGGUCGAAGGUCACAGCAGUCCGGGGCCUUCCUCACUCCGCUGUCCGCCCAGCCCAGCCCGGCCACAGCCGCCGCCGCCGCCGCCGCCUCCUCGGCCAUGGAAGCUGCCAGCAAGUGUGAGGCUGCGGGGACAGGCAAGUACAUCGCCUCAACACAGCGACCCGACGGGACGUGGCGCAAGCAGCGGAGGGUGAAAGAAGGCUACGUGCCCCAGGAAGAGGUCCCAGUGUAUGAGAACAAGUAUGUGAAGUUUUUUAAGAGUAAACCAGAACUGCCCCCAGGGCUGAGUCCUGAGGCAACAGCUCCUGCCACCCCAUCCAAGCCUGAAGGUGGUGAACCAGGUCUUUCCAAGACAGCCAAACGCAACCUGAAACGGAAGGAGAAAAGGCGGCAGCAGCAAGAGAAAGGGGAGGCAGAGGCCUUGAGCCGGACUCUUGAGAAGGUGUCACUGGGAGAGACAGCCCAGCUCUCCAGCGCUCCACCAGGCUCCCGGGCAGCCCCUACAGCCACCUCUGACCAGCCUGACUCAGUGGCCAGUACUGAGAAGGCCAAGAAGAUAAAGAACCUAAAGAAGAAACUUCGACAGGUAGAAGAGCUGCAGCAACGAAUCCAGGCUGGGGAAAUCAGCCAGCCCAGCAGAGAGCAGCUAGAGAAGUUAGCAAGGAGGAGGGCACUGGAAGAGGAGCUAGAGGACUUAGAGCUAGGCCUGUGAGGCCGCUGGGAAAUAGGGAAUGGACUGCACAACAAACCAUGGGGCUCUCUGGGGUUCUGGGGAAGGUGGGCAGCUGCAGUCAGGAGGGGUACCCCCCAUACUGGCUCACUUCCAACUCUUGGGGCCCAACUCUGUUCCCCAGAGCCUAGUCUCUGCCUCAUCCCUCCCCUUUUCUCCCCAACUCCUAUUUUUUGGACUUUUCCCCCUCCCAUUCCCAGUGUUCAAAAUUUCAGUGACUACCCCAGAUACCUUUGCUGCUGAUUUGGAUGUUUUGUUUAAAAGAAAAUUGGGUGGGUGGGCAUCUCUUGAAGACCUGAGGCUGAGGGUUGGGGGGGUUUGCCCAAGUCUUGGAGUCAUGGUUCCUGUUCACAGUGUUUAUGGGUUAUCUUCCACUCCAUCUCUCACAUCUUUUUUUUUAAAGAACAAAAUAAAUCCAAGUAGACAACA